AAACACUAAGUUACCAAAUUUGAACUUCAUCAGAACAUUCAUCUAAGAGUUCACCCUCAACCGCGCCGCAUUUCCCAACCCAUUACCUCCUCUCCCCAAAUCCCUUAAAAUGUCCAAGUUAGUCAACAUAUCAUCGAAGGCUCAGCUUUCGGAGCUUCUCUCAUCGUCCUCCAUUGUCAUAGCAGACUUCUAUGCGAACUGGUGCGGGCCAUGCAAGGUGAUUGCGCCGCUUUUCGAGAAACUGGCGAACCAGUUCACGCGCCCGAAGAAGAUAUCUUUUGUCAAGAUCGAUGUCGACGCGAAUCAGGAUGUGGCAGCAGCUUACGGAGUCACUACCAUGCCUACGUUCAUAAUCUUCAAAAACGGCGCCGUCGCCCAUUCAAUCCGCGGCGCAAACCCGCAACUCCUCACAUCCAAAAUCCAAGAAUUCGUCUCGAGUGUUGGAUCCAACGGCGCAGACGACGCUGCGGGGGAGGCUAGCAGCAGCGGCUCACAGUGGUUGGGCGGGGCCGUUCCAAAGGGCUACUCAGAGCUCUCUAGUGAGAUUGAAAUCAAAGGCAUAGAUCUUCUCAACUGCGACAACCAGGUCGGCUCUGGGAAUUCGCUCUUCGCAGCGGAGAAGCCAUCGGGUUUCUCUGCUGUUGAGAGUAGUGGGAAAGCCUCAUCUACAUCCGACUGGGUGGAGAGCGACACGGACGAGCAGCUGAUGUUAUACAUGCCCUUCCAGUCGUCUAUUAAACUCCAUUCGUUACAGAUUACUUCUCUUGCAUCUCCCGGAGGUGAUGCCGAUGAUGAUGAGGUACCAAUGCGACCUAAGACGCUGAAACUGUAUACCAAUCGCACUCAUAUCAUUGGGUUUGAAGACGCGGAUGAGGAGACCCCGACGCAGGAGAUAGAGCUGACACCACGGGAUUGGGACGAGAAUACGAAAACGGCAACAGUUGAGCUACGGUUUGUCAAGUUCCAGCGCAUCAAUUCGCUUGUUGUAUACUUCGUAGACGGAGAUGGGGAUGGAGAGAGGAUCCGAGUGGAUAGGGUGAGGCUAUUUGGGGAAGCUGGGGAGAAGAGGGAGAUGGGCAAGCUCGAGAAGAUUGGGGAUGAGCCGGGAGAGUAAAACUCGAGGGGCAGGUCUUUUUUUUUUUUUAGAUGGAUGUCUUGAAGGAUCGCUUGUUUCGUCCUGUAUCAACAUACGUUCAUCGAACCUGGGUUUUUCACUAGAGGGAAUGGUAGUAAUGAGA